AAAAGCCUGCAUUCACUGGUAAAGGACUGCUCUCCACUUGGCGUGUGCCAUUGGGAGUGUAGAUAUGGUGAAGAUCCUGGUACUUUCUCAAUGCCAGCUAAACCUCCGUGAUGGAGAAAACAGGACAGCUCUCGUGAAGGCUGUACAAUGCCAAGAAGAGGCAUGUGUAGAUAUUCUUCUCAGAAAAGGUGCUGAUGUAAAUACUAAGGAUUUCAAGGGCAACACCGCUCUCCAUUAUGCGGCCUAUGAGGGAAAUAUCUCAAUAGCAUGCAAGCUGCUUUUGAAUAAAGGAGAUAUAGAGGCCAAAAACAAGGAUGGCCUCACACCGCUUCUAGUUGCUGUAAAUGAAAAAAAAGAGAAAAUGGUGGCAUUUUUAUUAGAAGAAGCAAAUAUAAAUGCAGUUGACUACACUAACAGAACUGCUCUCCACUUGGCCUGUGCCAUUGGCCGUGAAGAUAUGGUGAAGCUCCUGGUAGAUCGGCACUGCCAGCUUAACCUCUGUGAUGGCGAAGACAGGACAGCUCUCGUGAAGGCUAUACAAUGCCAAGAAGAGGCAUGUGUAACUCUUCUCCUGGAACACGGUGCUGAUCCUAAAGUGAAAGACAACAAGGGCAACACAGCUCUCCAUUAUGCAGCCCACGAAGGGAUUGUCUCAAUAGCAGAGAAGCUGCUUUUACAAAACGCAAAUAUAGAGGCCAAAAACACGGAUGGCCUCACACCAGUUUUAGUUGCUCUAAAUGAAAACAAAGAGCAAAUGGUGAAAUUUUUAGUAGGAAAAGGAGCACGUCUACUUUCAGGGGAUACGGUUAAAAGUGACCAACUAAUUUCUGAACAUGAAGAAGAAAUGAAACCUGAAAAUUCUUCACAGAAUCAUGAUCUAGUGGCUAAGAAGUCUGAAGAAGUCUCUUUAAGCAGUCGUACCUGCAAAGCUGAUACUGAUGAUUCAAGGCCUUCAAAACAUGAGGACUUAAGUUCUGGUACCAAGAUAGGAUAUCAGCUUUAGGACGAGGAGAAGAUAGUUCACCUUGGGAUUCUGAGAGUAUUUCUGCAAGACUUCCAAAGAAAUCUGUUGAUUGUUUACCUGGAGCUGCAGAUCAACAAGGGCAAAGUAUAUUCAGUGAACAAGU